AUGUCCGCCCAACCACAAUACGUCUACAUCCCAAACCUCGUCGGCCGCCAAAUGCUCCGCAUUCCCGUGCUCCCCUACGAAGAGCUGGAAGACCUUGACGCCGACGACCAAAUCGAAAUCAUGACCGGCUCUUCCUCCCAUCUCACGUUCGACACCACCACUCCCACCACCUCUUCCUACACACGCGACGCUUCCCCCACGCCAAGCGAGGAGAGCGUCCAGCAGGCCGAACGAUACGAUACGAUACACGUGGAUCGCUAUCUUGGAUGCGAAUAUCAGUAUUCGAAUUUUGGGCUCCCGCGGUAA